AUGAGUAACACUAUUGAUAAUAAUAAUACCACGCCGCCCACUACGACGGCUGAACAACAACAACAUGCGAGUAGCAGUAGUAGUAGCAGCAGCAGCAGUAGCAGCCGUCUCACUGAAGAGCAACGGAAACGCAUGGAAGAAAACAAGGCAAAAGCCUUGGAGAGACUCAAAGCUACACGACAGCGAGAAGAACAAGAGUCCAAACGACCUAAACGUGCACGAUGGACAAAGUACUAUGAAUACGAUUUGAGCACCAUGGUGGACACCAAAGGUGGUUUCAUGAUUGAAGAAACAAGAGAAGACAAGCUUAUCAAGAGUCGACGAGAAGAAGCAACAAAGAUCUCGCCAUUUAUUCCAAUGUCGUCCGAUCCUUCUGAAAACCCAAAAUGCCGUGAUUGUGGCUCGCUGGACGUCGACCCCAUAUUCUUCCAGGUGUUUCAUAUGUCAGUGUGUCCUCGAUGCAAGGAAAAGUAUCCCGAGCGCUAUAGCUUGAUUACAAAGACAGAGGCUAAAGAGGAUUAUCUCUUGACAGAUCCUGAGCUCCGCGAUACAGAGUUAUUGCCCCACUGGUCGAAACCUAAUCCACGAAAGGCGACUUGGAACAACAUGAUGUUGUAUGUUCGUGAAAUGGUGGAAGAGUACGCUUUCAAAAAGUGGGGUGGAGAAGAAGGAUUGGAUGCCGAAUAUGAACGACGUGAAGCACAAAAGAAGGAGAAAAAAGAUAAAAGAUUCAAGGAGAAGCUGGCAGAUCUACGUCGGCGGACAAUGACAAGUUCAUGGGAACGUAAACGGCAAGAAGGACCACACAAACAUGUCUUUGGUUCACCCGUGGAGAAUCCUGAUACUGGAACAACAACCGAAACGUGUGUGGAGUGUGGAUUAGUAGUUGAAUCUGAGGAGUUCUGA